CACCCGAAGAAAGCCAUGGACGCCGCCGGCGAGAGCGCCGUGACGUGCGUCGACAAAUGGGCCAACGGGUUCGGCAUGAGGGCGCGGAUCGCGCUGCGCGAGCUAGGCGUGGCGUUCGAGUACGUCGAGGAGGACCUCCACGUCGGCGAGAGGAGCGAACUGGUGCGGCGCAUGAACCCCGUCCACCGCUCCGUGCCCAUCCAGAUCCACCGCGGCCGUCCGGUCUGCGGCUCCCUCAACAUCCUCGAGUACAUCGACGAGGUCUGGAGUGCACCAGGCGAGACCCGGCGCUUGCUCCCCGGCGACCCGGCCGGCAGGGCCGACGCCAGGUUUUGGGCCGACUUCGUUGACCACAAGGUGUUCCCUACUCAGACAAGGUUCCUGAAGAGCAAGGGUGAGGAGAAAGAUGUGGCCAAGGAAGAGUUGGUUGAGCAACUCAAACGCCUAGAUGAGGUGCUCGGGGAGAAGGGAUUUUUUUCUGGUGACGAAUUCGGGUUCUUGGACAUCGUCCUCAUCCCAUUUUCAAGCAUGUUCCGUGGGUACGAGCAGCAUGGAGGGUUUGACCUCGAGGUUGAGUGCCCCAACCUCAUGCGAUGGGUGAAGAGGUGCAAGGAGAGGGAGAGUGUAAGAGAGGUUCUUCCGGAUGAGGCAAAGAUGUACGAUUUACACAAGGAGUGGUACGGCAUUGAGUAAAGAAGCCGGCUUCAGUAGCUGCGGCUGAAUUAAUCUAGUCCUCUAUGUAUGAGCAGUUAAAAUUUGCCUCCCAAAUAAAUAUUGUCGUUAGAUACAUGGUGAAUUUUGUAUUGUGUAUUUAUUAGGCAUAGUUAAUGUCGACGUUUUCCCUUUAAACUAGGUCAAUUUUUCUUUUGUGAUGGUAAUAGGGUGUUUUAUUUCAAACUCACAGAAUUACAAUCCUUAGCAACAAGUUCAGAAAUAAAAGGAGGGGAUUGGUUAAGCCAGCACGCAGUGCUAUCCCCAGAUCUACCAUAAUUUGCUAAGCAAUGUGCAACUUUGUUUUGAUCACGAGAAACUUUAACACGAACAAACACCCUAUUCUCCAGUAAACCUUUGAUUUCUGCCAAGAAAUGACCAUAUGCUGAUCUAUCCAGUGAAUCAUUAGACAGUGCUGACAAAGCU